ACUCUGCUCGUUGGGUCUCUGCUCUCCAGUUUUCGUCCCCUGGAAGAGGCUUUAGCACAGCAAGUAACAGCGUUCUAAAAAGCAUGACAUGAGGAACUUAAUCAAGUUCCGGUUCUCGUUUCUAAAUUCAAGCAACAAGCUCUCUCAUUUUCAGCUUUCGAAUUUUCAGAUUCGUCAUUUUUCAAGCCUCUCCAAGUCAUCAUCUAAGCUUUCGAAGUCCAAGAAAACCGAAGACCUUUUAAAGAACCAAGCAGAAACUAGUUCGUUUGGCUUACUAUUCAAUGAGAUCAAAGACAUCUUAGGCGCUGAUAACUUUAACUCCGAUAUCACACAAUCUGGGACUUCAAUACCCAGGGAUAUCCAUGUGGUGGGCGCUCGGGUGAAGGAAGAACACCCAAAUUGGACCGAAGGUGUUUGUCGAAAUGCUGAAGAUGGCGUGUUACUAGGAAAGGAUUAUGUAUCAGCUUUGGAGGAUUCCCCGUUGGGAAAUUUGGGUGGUAACGAUGUUAGCCCCGAAGUUCAUAAAAUUACGCAGAUUGUUCGGGCGGGAAACAGUUUUGUUUCGAUCGAGGAGCAGCUAGAAACGUUGAGUGUUAGGUUCGAUUCAGAGGUUGUCGAGAAAGUUUUGAAAAGGUGCUUUAAAGUGCCACAUUUGGCUUUGAGGUUCUUUGAUUGGGUGAAGCUCAGAGAUGGGUUUCGUCAUACAACUAAGACUUACAAUACCAUGUUGUCCGUAGCCGGUGAAGCGAGAGAGUUUCAGUUGGUGGAGAAGUUGGUGGCGGAAAUGGAUAACAACCUAUGUCAGAAGGAUAUUAAGACUUGGACCAUUCUUAUCUCCCUCUAUGGGAAUGCAAAAUUAAUUAGCCUAGCCUUGUUGGUCUUUGAGAAUAUGAGGAAAUGUGGUUGUGAACCAGAUGCUCAGGUUUACAAAAAGAUGGUACGCGCACUUUGUUUUGCUGGAAAAGCUGACAUUGCAAUCGAAUUCUACAAGGAGAUGGUCCAGAAGGACAUGGCGCUUGAUGUGGGUCUGUAUAAGAUGCUAAUGGUUUGCAUAUCCAGAUCAGGAGAUAUUGCCGCUCUUAGUUCCAUUGCAGAUGAUAUGAUAAGAGUUUUUCAGACUCCAGAACAUGAUGUUUAUGGAUAUGUGCUGAAAAGUUUGUGCAUCUCAGGGAAAAUCAGAGAAGCUUUAGAAUGGAUUCGUGAUCUCAAAGAUAAAGAUGUAACACUUAACCCUGAAUACUUCGAGACCUUGGUGAAAGGACUGUGUAGGGCUGACAGGAUCGCAGAUUCUCUGGAAAUUGUUGAUAUUAUGAAGAGAAAAUAUCCUUUUGACGGGAAGAUUUAUGGAAUUAUCAUCAAUGGAUAUUUGAGGAGAAAUGAAAUUUCAAAGGCACUUGAUCUGUUUCAAAAUAUGAAAGAGUCUGGGCAUCUGCCUCUGACUUCUACUUAUACAGAGCUUAUGCAGCACCUUUUCAGGAUGGAUGAUUAUGAAAAAGGCUGCAUGCUAUAUGAUGAGAUGCUAGAAAGAGGAGUAAAGCCCGAUACUGUGGCAAUCACGGCAAUGGUUGCAGGUCACGUCAGCCAAAACCGUAUAUCUGAAGCAUGGAAAGUUUUUAGGAGUAUGGAGGACAAAGGCAUGAGGCCCACUUGGAAGUCUUAUUCGGUGUUCAUUAAGGAGCUUUGUAAGGUUUCAAGGACAGAGGAAAUUUUCAAGGUUUUGAAUGAAAUGCGGGCAUCUAAGAUAGACAUUCGAGAUGAAAUAUUUGAUUGGAUAAUAUCUUACUUGGAGAAAAAGAGAGAGCUUGAUAGUAUAGAAAAGAUAAAGCAGAUGCAGAGAAUUUGGAAGCUUUACCCUCAAGGAGAGUUACCCGGUACAGAUGCAUCCAGAGAUCAGGAGCUCAAUCUGGAGUUAAACUCUAACCAAUCAGAGGAAGUAAGGAUGGACAGUCACUUCAUGGAACCACUUCCAAAAAAUUAUGAUGAGCGGGAUGUGAAAGAAAGUUGUUGGAUUUUAACAUCAUCAACAGAUUGGUGCUUGAUUCAAGAAGCUUUGGAGAAAUGCAAUAUUCAUUUCACACCAGACCUUGUUGUGGAGAUUUUGCACAAUUGCAAUGUGCAUGGGUCUGCCGCAUUGCACUUCUUCUCCUGGGUAGGGAAACAAACUGGUUAUAGUCACACUACCGAAACUUACAACAUGGCCAUCAAAAUUGCUGGACGUGGAAAAGAUUUCCAGUACAUGAGAAACCUUUUCUACGAAAUGAGAAGAAGAGAUUGCCCAAUUACAUCUGAUACAUGGACAAUCAUGAUUAUGCUGUAUGGUCGUACAGGUCUGACUGAGAUUGCUCUGAAAGUUUUUGGACAGAUGAAAGCUGAUGGUUGUAACCCAAGUAGGGGGACCUACAAGUAUUUGAUUAUGAAUCUUUGUAGGAGGAAAGGUAGGAAGGUGGAUGAAGCCAUUAAAUUUUUCGAGGAGAUGAUGAAUGCUGGACAUAUCCCUGACAAAGAACUCGUUGAAGCUUACCUUGGUUGUUUAUGUGAAGUUGGUAGGCUGUUGGAAGCUAGAAGGUGUACAGAUUCACUUCCUAGAGUUGGGUUUACAGUUCCACUAAGCCACUCAUUGUACAUUAGGGCUCUUUGUCGCGUGGGGAGGUUGAAGGAAGCUCAAGUAUUGUUUGAUGAAGUUAGCGCGGAAGGAUCAGCGUUGGAUCGGUAUACUUAUGGAAGCCUUGUUCAUGGACUGCUACAAAAGGGUUGCAUGGAAGAGGCAUUGGCCAAGGUGGAUUCUAUGAAGCAGGCAGGGAUUAAUCCGACCGUCCACGUUUAUACAUCGUUAAUUUCCCAUUUCAUGAAGGAGAAGCAGAUAGAAAGAGCUCACAAAGUUUUUCACGAAAUGCAACAUGAAGGUUGUCAACCAACUGUUGUUACCUAUUCGGAACUGAUACGAGGUUACAUGAACGUGGGGAAGUUUGCUGAUGCUCAGAAUAUCUUCCAUCGUAUGAAAGUAAAAGGGCCUCUGCCUGAUUUCAAAACUUAUUCAAUAUUCAUCACUUCUCUCUGUAAGGUAGGGAAGUCUGAAGAGGCUUUGCAGCUUAUAUCAGACAUGCUUGAUGGUGGGAUUGUCCCCAGUACUGUUAAUUUUCGAGAAGUUUUUUACGGGCUAAACAGAGAAGGGAAGCAAGAUUUAGCCCGUACCGUAUUACAACAAAAAUCAGCUCUAAGAUCUAAACGCAAGUUCUUAAUUUGAAUUUAAUUUGGUUCUUUUUACUAAGUAUUUUCUGUAGUUGUUCCCCAUUCAAGUAUCUAUCUCUCUUGAAAAGCCUUGCAAGGUUGCAACGGCUCUUUUUCUUUUGGUAAUACUUUAGAAUUCUG